AUGUCACCAGAGCAAAAGCGACAUGUGGGCCACGAUGUCAGUAUUGCGGAUGCCACAAAUGCGCCUGCAGUCGAUGCGGAAGAACAGGCCGUUCCACCUCCUGCAUUCGGUGAGCGCUAUGGGGACAUCCGCAACGACCAAGACGGCUUUGGAACCAAGGCAUCCGUCACCAGCGAUGGUCGAGUCAAUAUCAGAAUCGAUCAGCAUGACCGGAAAGUGUCAGCUGCUCUCCUACCGACGUUGAAGAAGCUACAGAAAGCACGAGAUGAGGAGGAAGCUCCUCCUCCGCCCUACAUUCCGCCUUACUUGGGCAGCUCUGAUGCCUCGCCACCUCCUCCGUUGAAUGUCGUCAUACAGAUCGUUGGAUCCAGAGGCGACGUGCAACCUUUCGUUGCAUUAGGAAAGCUUCUGAAAGAGACAUAUGGGCAUCGCGUCCGUCUUGCAACACAUCCUAACUUCAAGGACUUCGUCACGGAAAAUGGAUUGGAAUUCUUCAGUAUAGGAGCCGACCCGGCCGCGCUCAUGGCUUUCAUGGUGAAGAACCCUGGUCUGAUGCCAGGAUUCGAUGCAUUGCGUGCUGGAGAUAUUGGAAAACGGCGUCACGAGGUAUCGGAGUACCUUCGCGGAUGUUGGCGAUCCUGCUACGAAACGGGAGAUGGGACAGGUGUUGAAGCGAGUGAUGAGACUGUGGAAGACUGGCUCUCCAAUACCGAUCCAAACGACUACAGUACCAAGCCUUUCGUCGCUGACUGCAUCAUCGCAAAUCCUCCGAGCUUUGCCCAUAUCCACAUCGCCGAGAAAAUGGGAAUACCAUGUCAUUGCUACUUCACCAUGCCAUACUCACCCACGCAAGCAUUUCCACACCCGUUGGCAAACAUCCAGACAUCAAAUGCGGAUGAGAAUCUGACCAACUAUAUUUCCUACACACUCAUAGAGAUGUUGACAUGGCAAGGACUGGGCGACGUGAUCAAUCGCUUCCGAGAGCGGAGUCUAGGACUCGAGCCAAUCAGUCUGAUGGCAGCACCAGGCUUGUUGCAGCGUCUUCGAAUUCCAUUCACAUACUGUUGGUCUCCCGUACUGAUCCCAAAACCAAAAGAUUGGGGUGCCAACAUCAACAUCAGUGGUUUCUUCUUCCUUGAUCUCGCGACAAACUACACGCCCGAUCCUGAGCUGAAGGCAUUUUUGGAUGCUGGUCCACCGCCGGUGUAUAUCGGUUUCGGAUCGAUCGUCUUGGAUGACCCUAAUGAGAUGACAAAGCUCAUUUUUGAAGCAGUGCGCAAGACUGGUCAGAGAGCACUUGUGUCAAAGGGCUGGGGUGGUAUGGGAGCAGACGAACUCGGAAAGCCGGACAACGUCUUUAUGCUCGGGAAUUGUCCACACGACUGGCUAUUCAAGCAGGUCUCGUGUGUUGUGCAUCACGGUGGUGCUGGAACAACAGCUGCUGGAAUCACCGCAGGCAGACCCACAGUGGUUGUACCGUUCUUCGGUGAUCAGCCUUUCUGGGGCUCGAUGGUCGCUCGUGCAGGCGCCGGACCACCUCCGAUCCCGAACAAGCAAUUGACCGCGGACAAUCUCGCGGAAGCUAUCAUGAAAUGCCUCGAGCCAGCCAGUCAAGAAAAGGCGCAUGAGUUGGCGGCGAAGAUCGCCACCGAAAAAGGAUCGGACGAGGGCGCGAAAAGCUUCCAUCAAUUCUUGGAGGUUGACAAAUUACGAUGCAAUCUCUCGCCCAGUCGUGUUGCAGUCUGGCGGGUGAAGCGCACGCAAGUUCGUUUGAGUGCAAUGGCGGCUUGCACCUUGGCGAACGAGGGUCUACUUGACUUCAAUGACCUGAAGCUUUUCCGCGCCAAGGAAUACGAGACUGAUGAAGGGCCUUGGGAUCCCAUCACGGGCGGAGCUGGCGCUAUCAUUGGCACUGCGAGCACAAUGAUGUUGGGCAUUGCGGACUUUCCCAUCGAGACUCUCAAGGCGCUGAAGAUUCAUCCGGAUGCUACUAAGGCUAAGAAGGAGAGCAACAUUACGUCUGAGUCGACACAAUCAUCUGGACCCCAACAAGGUACCCUGACUCCUAUGACCUCAAGCCACUCAAAUUCGAGCUUCAAUUUCCAGGACUCACUGUCGAGGAUGAGCUCGGGGACUUUGUCUCCUACUCAAAGCAUAGUGAACUCUGGAAAACUGCCAAGCUCUAUGGCUGAUGCGCUCAAUGGAAAUUUGUCGAAGAGUAGACAGCGAUCCAGCGGCCGCCCGCGUAGUCCGAACAACGCGAACGCUGCCGGUGGGAACGGUGAUCUCUUGCGGACAACUUUCGACACUGGCAAAGGUGUUCAACGGAUUGUUGGCGCAGGGUUGAAGUCACCGAUGGACUUUACGCUCGGUGUCGCGCGAGGCUUUCACAACGCCCCAAAGCUGUACGGCGAUGAAACGGUCCGGAAGGCAGAUCAGGUCACCGACUUCAAAUCAGGAGUCAAGGCCGCCGCCAAAGGAUUCGGUCUCGGCAUGUUUGACGGCAUCACUGGGUUGGUUUCCCAGCCGAUUCAAGGUGCACAAAAGGAGGGGCCCGCGGGUUUCUUCAAGGGUAUCGGAAAAGGUAUCGGCGGCAUUGUGUUCAAGCCUAGUGCCGCCAUAUUCAGUAUUCCCGGAUAUACGAUGAUGGGUGUGUACAAGGAGAUGCAGAAGGUCUUUGGCUCCAGCGUGCAGGGUUAUAUCAUCGCUGCUCGUACUGCACAGGGGUACGACGAGUGGCAACGGAGUGACGUGCAGGAACGUCGAUUGGUGAUCGAACGCUGGAAGGAAAUGCAGAUGACACUGAAGAAGAAGCGCAACCCGGAUGAGCUUGUCCGCCAGAUCCUCCAAGAGCAAGCUCGCAAGAAGGACGUGUGGGUCGAUUCCAAAAAGGCCGAGCGAGCAGAGAAGCGACGAAGCCGAGGCCCCAGCAUGGCAUCGUCUAAAGGAAGCGCGCCAUUUCAUGAUCCCGAAAGCGCCAUGCUUGCCAUUGAAAUCCCCAAAAGCCGUGAAGCAGAAGAACGCGCACUGCAGGAAGCAAUUCGGCAGAGCGUCCAACAGACUUCUGAGGGCAACCAAACAGAAGAUGCCCGAGUCGAGCAAGGUAUCCGCGAGAGCAUGCGCCAAUAUCUCGAUCAAAACCAGCCUAGCGACCGCACCGACGUAGAUGACGAGAGCCUCAAUCGUGCCCUCGCGGAAAGUAGCGCCGACGCCGAACGCCACAAACAGACCCAAAUCGCCUUUGACAAAGACCUCGAGCGAGUGCUCACAGCAAGUUUGAAAGAGCAGCGAGGCUGGCCCGACGACAACUACGAGAGCGAAGCCGGUCCUUCUUCCCAGCAGCAGCAGAGCGCCGAAGCUCCGCCGCAAUACGACCACCUCUAUCCCAACGACGACGAAGGCGGUCUAAAUUCCGGAGCGGCGGCGGGCAAGAAGCCCAAACAGCCACCUACUGAGAAGACCGCCCAGGAGAAGUCUGAAGAACAAAUCGUCUUGGAAUAUGCCAAGAAGCAGAGUCUCCUUGAGGAGGAACUUCGUCGGAGUAAAGCGUCUGGUGGGAGUGCAGCAGGUCCGAGUCGAGCAGGCGAGGGGGCCGAGGACGAUGAGGGUCUGCGGAGAGCGAUUAGUUUGAGUAUGGAGGAGAGUCAAGCGCGUCAGAAGUAG